AUGGUUUCGGCGAAACAAUACGUGGUGGGUGAUGACAAAGGUUGGACCAAGGAUUUUGAUUACACCACUUGGACCGCCGGCAAACAAUUCUUCGUUGGUGACUCCCUUGAGCCACUCGUUGGCGCUCCACUCACCACGGGGAGCGACGAGAUCCCGCUCAAAACCACGGGGAGGAAGUGGUACAUCUGCGGCGUCUCCGGCCACUGCGCCUCCGGCCAGAAGCUCGUCAUCACCGUCUCCGACGUAUCUGCGGCUCCGGCACCGACGCCGGUCUCGCCGUCAACCGAAUACGUGGUUGGUGAUGACAAGGGCUGGACCAAGGAUUUUGAUUACACCACUUGGACUGCCGGCAAGCAAUUCUUCGUCGGUGACUCUCUAGUGUUCAACUACGCACAAGGAAGCCACAACGUGUUCAAGGUGAACGGCACAGAUUUCAUGCAGUGCUCGAAGCCACUUGUUGGCGCUCCACUUACCACCGGGAGCGACGAGAUCCCACUCAAAACCACCGGGAGGAAAUGGUACAUCUGCGGCGUCUCCGGCCACUGCUCCUCCGGUCAGAAGCUCGUCAUCACCGUCUUGGACGGAUCCGCCGCUCCGGCGCCGACGCCGACCUCGCCAUCAACCGGCGCCGCCUCUGGGAGCAUCAUCAGUGCUGGGUUUGCUGCAGCUGCCAUGGUGGUCGUCGGCGUUCUUGGGAUGUUCAUGUGA